AUGCAUAUAUAUUUUGCACAGUUCCUGCCUAAUGUGUUAUGUGUAGCGCCACCUAGCGGUACCUGCUUUUAUCACGGAAAAGUGUUCUGUAAUGAAUUAGGGGAUGAACUUGUUGAGAUCGAGACGUCUGCAGAAAAUGAGUUUAUUCGACAGAACUUGGUUUCUGUUACACCUUGGAUUGGAAUGACGGAUAUUGAUCAAGAGGGUGUGUGGGUAUGGGCCAGCACCGGCAUAGAAGCUGUUUUCAUUGAUUGGCAUCCAUCACAACCCAAUAAUUAUCUUGCUGCGCCAUGUGCAGCAAUAUGGGAGUUCUACGAAUACAGAUGGGUUGAUGAACCAUGUACAGAACUGUUUCAUCCAAUCUGUGAACAGGAGUAA